AUGGAUGCGCUUCAGCAGAACCGCACCUCUCGGAGCUGGAGCCCGGAGACGGUGCUCGUCUCCCUGGCGUUCACGCUCAUCUUCCUGGUGGGGACCGUGGGCAACGGCCUCGUGCUGGCGGUGCUGCUGAGGAGCGGCCAGAUGAACGCGAAGAAGAAGACCACGAACCUGUUCAUCCUGAACCUCUGCGUGGCGGACCUCUGCUUCAUCGUGUUCUGCGUGCCCUUCCAGGCCACCAUCUACACCCUGGAGCAGUGGGUGUUCGGCUCCUUCCUCUGCAGGGCCGUGCACUUCUUCAUCUUCCUCACCAUGUACGCGAGCGUCUUCACGCUCGCGACCGUGUCGCUGGACAGGUACCUGGCGAUCCGGUACCCCCUCCGGUCCAGGGAGCUUCGGACGCCCAGAAACGCUCUGGCCUCCAUCUGCUGCCUGUGGGGCUUGUCGCUGGUCUUCUCCGGCCCGUACCUCAGCUACUACCAGCAGAUGGACCUCAACGGCAGCGUGGUGUGCAUCCCAGUCUGGGGUCCUCGGGAGCGCCAGGCGAUGGACGUCUGCACGUUCCUCUUCGGGUACCUGGUGCCCGUUUUCGUCCUCGGCCUCACCUACGCCCGCACCAUCCGGCACCUGUGGAGGGCGGUGGACCCCCUGGAGGGCGCGUCUGAGUCCCGGCGAGCCAAGCGCAAGGUCACCAAGAUGAUAAUCAUUGUGGCGGCGCUCUUCUGCCUGUGCUGGCUGCCUCAUCACCUGGUCAUCAUGUGCAUGUGGUUCGGCCACUUUCCGCUCAACCAGACCACCUACGCGCUUCGCAUCCUCUCCCACCUGGUGGCCUACGCCAACUCCUGCCUCAACCCCAUCGUCUACGCCCUGGUGUCGAAGCACUUCCGCAAGGGCUUCCGCAAGGCCUUCGGCUGCACGCUGCUGCGCGAGACGGCUCUUGGCAGGGUGCAGGUGGCACCGGCAGCCCCCACCGUAAGUACAGCGGAGGUGGCGUCCACCGAGGUGUCCCAGAUCUAUGAGGCCGAGCGGGGGGCCGCUGACACCAAACGGUGCGGUAGAGAGGACGAGGGCAGUCGCACGGGAACGACAAGCACCCUUUUGACCUUUACCGUGACCUAG